UCCUGUAGCAAGUUAUAAGUGUUUUUUUGUUUUGCCGCUGUAGUUGGAUUUGGAAUGAAGCAUCAUUUCAGAUCAAGCAUAUUUUAGUUUUUUUUAGUUUUUUUUUUAACAAACGGUCUAAAUGGGUGCAUAUUAUUGUGCUAUAUGCAAGCAAACAACAUUCACCGGGAAGGGACAUAACUUCGGGAAAAACCACCAAAGCAGACUUAGAGUGGUUCUUCUUAAAUUCUUAGAAAAGGUGAAAGAAGCUCGCCAAACACUUAAAAAACCUCAAGUAGAGAAGUUUGAUUGCACUCAGCAGAAGAAGACAUUCUGGUGCUACUGCUGUGGGCGUGAAGUUGAAAGAAAUGUGACAGACGGUAACAUGACUGUGCUGUAUGGAGGCUUGUUGGAACACAUGGCCACCCCAGAACACAGGAAGAAUACUCACAAGUUCUGGUGGGAGAAUAAGGCGGACCCCAAGUUUAGAGACAAAGUCAUCAUCACAGAGGAGGAAACUGAGAGGUUUAAAGCUGAGGUGGAGAAAGCAUUGGAGUCGUUUGUGGAGGAGGAGGAUGAAUUCUUAAAACAGCAAGCUGAUAAAAUCCGGGCCCAGGAAAAGCAUCGUCAAGAGGUCUUUCAGUCUCUUUUAGAGCAUGACGCAGAGCCGGAGUUGUUCAACGGACCCAACGGCACAGACGUGUCUGCUGAGGAUGCUGUCAGCUCUCAGUUUACGCCUCAGGGUUCCGACCAUCAGGCCGGGAGCAGCUUUGUCGAGUCAAUGGUCAAAUCACCGCUGGCCGCAGCAGGACAAGGCCUGACUUUCAUAGGCUACCAGGAUUCAAACACUGGAAAUGUACAUACAGGUGCCUUACCUCCUUGGCUCCAGCAGGAUCCUCUGGAGGGAACCUCUGCAGCACAUCCAGAGAUCGGUCCAUCGCUCCAAGAGUUCCUCAAACAGAAGGAGCAAGAGAAGCUGAAGAAACUUCCACCGAACAGAGUGGGCGCCACCUUUGAUCACAGCUCGCACACAGACGCCAACUGGCUUCCCUCCUUUGGUCGAGUGUGGAACAGUGGUCGGCGCUGGCAGUCCAGACACCAAUUCAGACAGGAGGAAGGACAGACAAACAGACGGAAGAGGAAGAAGAAGGAUCACGACACGGGGGGGGGGCAAAGAAAGCCAAAACGACUGAACAGCUGACAAAUUCUGACAGCACUUAAAACUGAUUAUGUUGUGUGAGAACUGAAUGGAGGGAUGUAUAUAGUUUACAAGAUGUGAAUGAGAUUUUAUACUGUGUUUCUGAGGAGUUGCACUCUGUAGAAAUGCUCAGGCUGACUAGACACCCUGCUGUAGUUCCUAACCAAACAGUAGUGUUUGCUAAUGGCACAUUGUAUGUAACCUUAUGUAUAACAUAAUUGGGAAAGUAUGCAGUAUAGAUAUUAACUUAGUAUAUCAGGCAUUGCUGCUUGGAUGUAUUUCUUAAUUGCAUUUUGUAUAAAAACUGCAUGGUCCAACUUCA